GAGAGUUCUUGGCUUCACCAGACAUUCGGCGGUUGCUCUAGAGAGGCUUGAGACAGAAACUUAUCACCAUGAAACCCACUGCCAUGACACUGAUGUGCCUGCUGCUGGCUACCGUGUGGAUACAGGAUGUGGACAGCAAGAGCAUGGUUAUGCCCUCCAAUAGCUGUUGCCUGAACACCUUGAAGAAAGAGCUUCCCCUGAAGUUUAUCCAGUGUUACAGAAAGACGGGCUCCACCUGUCCUCACCCCCCAGCUGUGAUAGUCAGGAGUUCAGGGGUCCCUGGUCUCACAGAGGCAGAGAAGGCUGUUACAGCUUCCAGUGAGUGACCAAGCUCCUUGUCCGUGUCCUCUGUUCACAGAUUCAGGCUGAAGAAAGAUAUAGAAAGCUGCGCCUCAACUAACAAUACGUGGGUUCAAAAUCACCUGAAGAAGGUGAACCUCUGCUAACCGGGAUGAAGAUGAGCCACCUUCCCAUCCCAGCCCCAGAGACUGCAGUUUCCCUCAGCCCUCCACCCUCCCACUGCCGCCAUCCCUCUGCCUACUGCUGCAGGCUCACAGAUCUCAGUCAUGUGAUAAGCUAUGUUAGGGUUCUUUAUCUGUUUAAAAUAUGGAAUCUUC